CCAGCUGAAACUUGAUGGUCUUCAAAUAGAAACAGCAGAAACGUCCAAACAUGUUCCCUGUGGUCCGACAAUGUCUCUUUCGCUAUUUUCUCGUCGCUUUUCUUAUAAUCUUUGCCAUCAUCAUGAUUUUAGGAUUCACCAUGCUUAUCACUGGAGAGGAGAAGGUCUUCAUCAAUGAACCCAUGGUUUUCAAAGAAGUUGACCAUCAUAAAUUAGGCUCUGCAGAUGCCCUUCAAGAAAACAUUGCUCAUCCAAUUAUAGUGUGGUGGACUAAAUUCACUGGUGAACAGUUCAAUGUUUUGAAGUGCAAGAAUGUCACUUGUGUGUUCACCGAAGACAGACAUUAUAAAUAUCACCCAAACACAAAGGUUUUUAUGUUUUAUGGCACAGAUUUCACUCCCAAUGAUUUACCUUUGCCAAGAAAACCUCAUCAUGAAUGGGCACUUUUACACGAAGAGUCACCAAAGAACAAUUACCUCUUUUCUCACAAACCCAUCAUGACUUUGUUUAAUCAUACGUGUACGUUUCGACGAGAAUCAGACUACCCCAUUUCCACACAGCAUUUACCUACACUUGAAUGGCUUCAAGAUACAACUUAUCUCCUACCAACAUCGGAAAAGACAAGAUACCAAAGUGAACUUGCUCCCAUUUUAUAUGUUCACAGUGACUGUGACACUCCCUCCGACAGGGACACCUAUGUGAAAUAUUUACAGAAAUAUAUGAAAAUUGAUUCGUAUGGCAGCUGCCUCCAUAACAAAGAUUUACCAAAGCAUUUAGUUGACCCAAUCAAUGGAAUGUCUCAUAAGGACUUUUACAAGCUUAUUGCUAAAUACAAGUUUGCUUUUUCAAUGGAAAAUGGAAUCUGUGAUGACUAUAUGACUGAGAAACUGUGGCGCCCUCUUAUGGUUGGAACUGUACCGGUAAUUCUUGGCUCCAGCAAAGUUAGAGAUUUCCUCCCUCAUGAAAAGUCAGCUAUUAUCAUUGACGACUUUGACACAGCAGAAAGUCUGGCUAAAUAUUUACUCUACCUUAACAGAAAUGAUGAAGAAUAUGAGAAAUAUUUACAAUGGAAGAAGACUGGUAUCACCAACAAAUAUCUAAAGGAUUUGAUGGCUCACCGAGAAUGGGAUACAUCAGAUGAAGAGGUCAUGCAUGACAGUGGUAUUAGCUACAUCGAAGGCUUUCAGUGUUUUGUUUGCCAACGGGUACAUGAGAAUAUGAGACUGGAAAAAGAAGGGAAAAUGCCUAAAGUUUACCAGGCUACAUUAGAACACUAUGGCUGUCCAGCACCAAUUCAAUUCAAUGCUCAAAGUCAAAGAGUUGAUUCUGAUAAAUGGAAAUACGAAUGGCAACAUCAUAAGAUGAUUGCUGAAAAAUUGAGACACUCUAUAGAUAAUGGUAACAAUUUUACCUGGAAAGAUGCUCAUAUUUUCUUACAGAAUUAAUAAAGUUAUUUAUCUACCAUCAAUCACUACAGUAUACACAUUCCUUUAAGGUACACAAAUACACAUUCCUUUACACUGUGUACAUAUAUACACUUACUCUACACAUGUUUUUAAUAACCCAGGCAAACAACAUGUCGAAUAUCCAGACUCUGCAUGUUCUUCAGUUAUACAUACACACUCACACACAUACAUAUAUAUGUAAUGAAUGUAUGUAAUCAUACAAAAGCACACACAUACAUAUACAGAAAUAUAUAUCUCUGUAGACACAGGCAAACAUGUAUAUCUAUACACACAGACAAUCAAAAAUCCCAUCUACACUUCAUCCAUUUCAAAGGCACUGUCUAACUUUAUAAGGAAAACUUGACAACCAUUUAAACUUUGCAGAGAUGGUAUCAGACUGUCAUGUCUGUAACCUUUAAUGUCUCUUUUCAAACGUCUCAUGAUACCUGCCAGUCUUCACCACCUACGUUCACCAACACCAUCCUCUGCUAGAUACUUAGUGGGGAGGAGAAUCUCGUUACAUAUAUUUUUGUUAUUUACUCUUACAGCUAUUGAGGAAUUAUCAUCGAUCUAUCGUGUGCGGCGUUAUUACAGCACUUCAGUGUUGUAGUAAGAGCCACUGCUAACCUUGUCUUGUUUCCAUCUUGUCUCAUUCAUAACUUCAUCGUGAUGCCAUUUACUUAAUAUCAGACAAUACACUGCUGUUAGAACGAUGAUAUCAUCUCUGACGGAUUUGUUUAUCUGUUGUGGUUUUAAAACCGACAUAUAGCCAGGGUGAGGUACUGACUGCUAAAAAAGCUGUGCAUGGAUUGUUGACAAGAGGGAUUUUUUGGGGGGGAGGGUGAUCUAGAUUUUUGUUAGGGUAUGUCUAGAGUAAUGAUACAGGUGGGAAGUUGAGAUUUACUCAUUCAGGAUAAUACUUUUUUUUUUACUUGUUUCAGUUACUGAAGUGUGGCCAUGCUGGAAUAAAAACCAUCUUGAAGGUUUUUAGUUGAAUAAAUCAACACCCUUGCUUAUGUUUUUUAAUGUCUGUUACUUAUUCCAUCAAUCCCUUUUGCUGAACCUCUAAGUUUUGGGAAUGUAAAACAAACUAGCAUUAGUUAUCAAGCAAUGAUGGGGUGGUAAACAAACACAAUGACACACUCACAAGGCAUUGGUCAGCCCGGUGAUGUAGAAGACACUUGCCCAAGGUGCCAUGCACUGUGACUGAACCUGAAACCACUGGUUGCAAAACAAGCUUCUUAACUACACAGCCAUGUCGAUUAAAGCUAAUUUGAGCAAACUCCUUAUUUCAUAGUUCUAUCCAAAUUAUGUCUCUGAGAUGUUUACUGUCAAGUCAAGAUAAGGAAAUAUGCUAAUUAAGGCAUUUCCCUGAAUCCAGUAGAGUUCUAGUUGUAAGAACUUUUCAACUCAGCAGAGCAUGGACAUAAAAUUCUUAAUUAUAGUCUUGCUUGUUUAGCUCUAGAUUAAUCCUGAUCAAAGGCAUUCCAGCCAUGAUCAUCUCGACUUUAUAUAUAUAUAUAUAUCAAGGACUACAGAGUCCAAUGUGGUCCUCUCGUGUAGGUGGGUGUGAUUUGAGGUGAGUUUGUUUACUAUUACUAGUAUGUUGAUCAUUUACAUGAAGGCUCUUUGCAGAAAAGUAGACUAAGUCAAUAAGAAUUCAGCAUCGUAUCAGUUACAUAUUAGCAUCAGCAGGAUACAAACUACCAAUAAUUAUUUUGUAAGGCCAACAUCAUACUCAUUCAAAUAUGAGGACCUCUUUUCUUAAUCCUUUUGAUACCAACCCUUCUAAGAUUGCCCUUGACCGCCUGUUUUAAGGUAAUCUAAAUUAAAAACCACUCAUCAAUUGUAAGUUAAAUUAUGUCAAACUAAAAAUAAAGUUAAUUUGGAAGAAUUAACGAUUUUCUGAUUUUAAAGAAAAUUUGAUAUGAUGAACUAUGUUUGAGAGCAAUUAUAGAUCUGAAUGUUCACUUCCUUUUCAAUUUGCUUCAAUAUCAUGUUAAAUAAAGGGGAAUAAGACAAGGUUAACACUUUUUUUUCGUUUUUGACUUUCCAUGAAAAAAAAAAAAAAAGAAAAUAUAAAUUCAGUCUUCCU